AUGCUUGUCAGCUUUAUAUCAAUCGCAACGCUUUUCUCAUCGGCGUUAGCAAUCCCCGCGACCGGACUCGCAAAGGAUGGCAUUCAACGUUGGAAAGUGACAAACUGGCUCGGUUACAUGGACACCAACGAGCCCAGCCGUUUUGAAUUUGAAGUCGAGGGCGAUGAAUAUGGUCCUAGGGAUGGCUUGGUGGCACCUUCUGGUGGCGGCAAGAUACCAUCAUCCGUUCCAGUAUUCUUUGCCACAUGCAAAUUGGACAAUGGACCCGUCUAUAUCGCAGUAGAUGGAUCGGACUGGAUUGAAUGUAAUUUGGGGUUGAGUCAGGACAGGAAGCUCGAAGUGAGGGCAGUGCCAACCCCCAAUCCUGUUCUCAUUGGAACCAAUGGUCGGAUCCAGCUUCGCUACACAUUCGUGGACCCCAAGGACAACGUGAAGUGGGAGUGGACGACUGGCAAUACCAAGGUUUAUUUCGAUGACGUUCUGGUAGAGACAUUCAAUAUCGACGUGUUUUUCUCGAAGGAGCUCUCUUGACCGUAAGCAAUUGGCCUGCUCCGAGUUGUGCGAUGGCGCUGGGAAAGCGUUUGGAAAAGGACGAGACGAGAUCAUUACAUUUUCUGUGUUUUGA